CAUCUUCAACCAGGAGAGGGAUCCUUAGCUUCAAGCAGAGAUACAGCAUUUGGAACAAUAAUAACAUUCAGCUGUCCUACUGGCCAGGAAUUUGCAACAGGGCGUAAUCGAAUUACUACUAAAUGUAUGCCUGGGGGAAACUGGUCAAUAAGUUAUAUUCCCAAAUGUCAAGAAGUUUAUUGCGGCCCUGUACCACAAAUUGAUAACGGCUUUUCUACUGGAUCAACAAAUGUAACAUAUAGGGGACAAGCAAUGUACCAAUGUUACGCUGGUUUUGCAUUUCCCACAGGUCAACCUAUAGAAAGAAUAUCUUGCCUCUCUAAUGGUCAUUGGGAAAAGAAACCAAAUUGUCUUGCCUCUCAGUGUGCCGCUUUGCCAGAAGUUUCUCAUGCAAAUGUGACAAUUUUAAAUGGUCUAGGACGGUCCUAUGGAACUAUUAUAAGAUAUGACUGUGAACCAGGAUAUAUUCGAAGUGGACACCCAGUAAUACUAUGCAUGAGUAAUGGAACCUGGUCAGGAGAAGUUCCUAUUUGUUCAAGAGCAAAAUGUAGUGAUAUUCCUAAAGUUAAAAAUGGUUUUAUUACGGAUACGUCUAGGCAGUACUAUUACAACGAUGAGGCUAGGGUUCAAUGUUUCAAAGGCUACAAAUUAAUAGGAAAUGCCAUUAUAAGAUGUGGUUCAAAUAAAUUAUUCCAUAAUAUACCCAGGUGUGAAGAUAUUAACGAGUGUAUAAAUAGCCAAUGUGACCUUGUAUCAACAGAAUGUAUAAAUAGUCAUGGAUCGUUUCAUUGUAAAUGUCGGAAAGGAUUUGAACCCACCGAAGAAUGUAGACCUGUUGGAGAUUUAGGACUAGUAAAUGGUGGAAUUCCUGAUGAAUCAAUAAGUGUUUCCAGUAGUGAAUCUGGAUAUGACAAAACAAUGAUUCGAUUAAACAAUGCCGCUGGAUGGUGCGGUAAUACUGUUGAAGGAGGCUCUAAUUGGAUACUUAUUGACUUAAGAGCGCCAACUAUAAUUAGAGGGUUCAGAACAAUGGCAGUUUCUAGAUAUGAUGGAAAUUUAGCAUUUACGUCAGCAGUUCGAAUUCAAUAUACUGAUAAUUUAACAGAUGUGUAUAAAGAUUAUAGAAAUCCUGAUGGACUUGCAGUAGAAUUUACUAUUGAAAAACCUACUCUUUCAAUACUAAAUUUACCAGUUCCAGUAGAGGCUCAAUAUAUCAAAUUUAAAAUUCAGGAUUAUGUUGGAGCACCAUGUAUGAAGUUAGAAAUAAUGGGUUGUACUAGAUUAGAAUGUGUAGAUAUUAAUGAAUGCUCAGAAAAUAAUGGUGGUUGUCAACAGAAAUGUAUAAAUAGUUCUGGUAGUUACUCUUGCAGUUGUAAUGUUGGUUUUGAAUUGUAUACUAAAAACGGUACUAGUUCUUACCAUAUUGAGAAAUCGGAAAAUGGUUUACGAGAUGGGGACGUAUAUCACAUUAAUAAAUCAUGUGUUCCUGUUUUGUGCCCUGCCCUUAAUACCCCAGAAAAUGGACUUAUUUUAUCCACCAAAGACAAGUAUCAUUUUGGAGAUUUUGUGCAAUUUCAGUGUGAUUUUGGAUAUAUUAUGAGUGGAUCUUCGUCUUUAUUAUGUACAUCAACCGGUGUGUGGAAUGGGACUAUACCAGAAUGUCAGUAUGCCCAAUGUGUUUCAUUACCUGACGAAAAAAACGAAGGGUUAAAAGUUCUUCGAAACGAUGAGGAUAGUGUAUUAGUACCUUUUAGGGAAAAUGUGACUUUACACUGUGGUUCAACAGGCAAAUAUUUAAGAGGAGCAUCAACUGCAAGUUUUAGACAAUGUGUUUAUGAUCCCAAGCCAGGAUUACCUGACUAUUGGCUUAGUGGAACCAGUCCAUCUUGUCCUAGAGUUAAUUGUGGAAUACCUAUUCCAACACCUGGGGCAGAAUAUGGACAGUAUGUUGAUACAAAAUACCAAUCCUCCUUUUUCUUUGGAUGUCAAAAUACGUUCAAACUAGCUGGCCAAAGCAGUAAACAUGAUAAUGUGGUCAGAUGUCAAGCAAAUGGUGUAUGGGAUUUUGGAGAUUUACGAUGUGAAGGGCCAGUUUGUGAAGACCCAGGGCGUCCCAGUGACGGAUAUCAAAUAGCAAGAAGUUAUGAGCAGGGUUCAGAGGUAUCUUUCAGUUGCAUUAGGCCAGGAUUUAUAUUAAUUAAUCCACGGCCUAUUACUUGUGUUCGAGAUCCUGAAUGCAAAGUCGUUCGUCCUCUUGGAUUAGCUUCUGGAAAAAUUCCUGAUUCAUCUAUUAAUGCUACCAGUGAAAGACCAAAUUAUGAGGCAAAAAAUGUAAGAUUGAAUUCCGUCACAGGUUGGUGUGGAAAACAAGAAGCAUUUACAUAUGUUAGUGUUGAUUUAGGAAAGGUCUAUAGAGUUAAAGCGAUCCUUGUGAAAGGAGUUGUAACAAAUGACAUUGUUGGUAGACCAACUGAAAUAAGAUUUUUCUACAAACAAGCUGAUCAUGAAAACUAUGUAGUAUAUUUUCCAAAUUUUAAUUUAACUAUGCGUGAUCCUGGAAAUUAUGGAGAACUGGCAAUGAUUUCACUGCCUAAAUACGUUCAGGCUAGAUUUGUCAUCCUAGGCAUUGUAAGUUAUAUGGAUAAUGCUUGUUUGAAAUUUGAAUUAAUGGGUUGCGAUGAACCAGAAACGGAUCCUCUUCUAGGUUAUGAUUAUGGUUAUUCUCCAUGUGUGGAUAACGAAACACCGGUAUUUCAAAACUGCCCACAGCAACCAAUUAUUGUUCAAAAAGAUGUCAAUGGUGGUGUACUACCUAUUAAUUUCACUGAACCAAUAGCAGUUGACAACUCUGGAAGUAUUGCAAGGCUGGAGAGGCGGCCUGCUAGCUUUAAAACGCCAGUAUAUAUUUUCCAAGAUACAGUUGUAAAAUAUGUGGCUUAUGACUUUGAUGGGAAUGUAGCAAUUUGUGAAAUUAAUAUUACGGUUCCAGAUAAUACCCCACCACAACUAAAUUGCCCUCAGAGUUAUGUCAUUGAACUGGUAGAUAGACAAGACAGUUAUUUCAUUAAUUUUAAUGAAACGCGUAGGAGGUUAAAUGCAUCGGAUUCUUCAGGAGAGGUUCACAUAACUUUUAUUCCAGAUAAAGCCACUAUUUCUAUAGGUGCAUUUGAAAAUGUCACAGUUGUAGCAACAGAUAAAUUUGGAAAUAAAGCUUCUUGUUAUUUUCAAGUGGCAGUUCAGGCUACACCAUGUGUGGAUUGGGAGCUUAAGCCCCCGAAUAAUGGUGCUUUGAAUUGUUUACCAGCAGAUAAAAGUUUACAGUGUAUUGCUACAUGUAAUCCAGGAUAUCGAUUUACUGAUGGUGAGCCUAUAAAAACUUUUUCAUGUGAUAGUACAAUUCCAUGGAAACCAACAUCUGUUGUACCAGAUUGUGUCUCAGAAAGUAAGUACCUACCUACAAUAUCUUUUUAUAUACAUAGCAUACCUACAUUUGUUUUAUAA